CAAACGAACAUCGAGAUAAUACCUCUCCACCAAACUUCGAGUCCGAGUCAUUUUCAACAUUGCAGAGACAAGACAGCUAUUCUUCGAACAAAAUAUCCAUUUGGCCUGAAAUCUCGUCCGAACCAAAGUUGAUUGGAUGCUAGCAGCAAUCAGGAACAAAAUGGGCGACACCACCAAAGGCUCGCAUGAGACCUUCGUGGGAUCCAUUGAUCAGGGAACAACGUCGACCCGAUUUCUCAUCUUUAAACCGGAUGGGGAACCUAUCGCUUCUCAUCAGAUCGAGUUCAAGCAGAUUUAUCCACAUCCUGGUUGGCAUGAACAUGAUCCGCUCGAGAUCAUUGAGUCAGUCCAACAAUGUAUCGAGGGAGCUGUGAAAGACCUUGAGAAUCAGGGCCACUCCGCCGCGAAUAUCAAAGCUGUUGGAAUCACCAAUCAGCGAGAAACCACUGUACUAUGGAAUCACGAGACCGGCGAACCAUUGUACAAUGCCAUCGUGUGGACAGAUACACGCACAGCAGCCCUGGUCCGCAAACUCAAGCAGCGCCUAGGCGCAGACCGACUUCCAGAUCUCUGCGGUCUACCAUUGUCCACAUACCCAUCCGUCGGCAAAUUACUAUGGCUUCUGGAGAACGAGCCCAAAGUCAAAGAAGCCUACGACAAAGGCAUCCUGGCUUUCGGCACCAUCGAUGCCUGGUUGGUGUAUCGUCUUAACGGCGGUCCCAAGAAGAAUGUCUUCGUGUCUGACCCGACGAAUGCAAGCCGGACCAUGUUCAUGAAUCUCAAGACGUUGAACUAUGAUGACCAGCUCAUAGAUUUCUUUCGCCUGGAUGCCAGCAAAAUUCACCUACCGAAAAUCACGCAGUCAUCGCAUCCGACAGCGUACGGAAGUUUGGAUUCCGGGGUGCUCGAGGGUGUGCCUAUUACAGGCUGUUUGGGCGACCAAUCAGCGGCAUUAGUCGGGCAGAAAGGGUUUACUCCAGGCCUGGCCAAGAAUACGUAUGGAACGGGAUGCUUUUUGUUGUACAACGUCGGCGAAAAGCCGGUCUUUUCCAGCCACGGGCUCCUCGGCACUGUUGCGUAUGACUUUGGCGAGGGUAAGCGAAUGUACGCUCUUGAAGGGAGUAUCGCCGUGGCAGGGUCGAGCGUCAAGUUUCUCGUCGACAACUUUGGGUUCGUCGAGUCUUCGAGCAAGAUCAGUCAACUGGCUCAAACCGUCGACGACAAUGGAGGAGUCGUUUUCGUCACGGCGUUUAGCGGGUUGUUCGCACCCUACUGGAUAGAUGAUGCCAUGGGAACCAUUUACGGCAUCACAGCGUAUACUCAGCGCGGCCAUAUCGCACGUGCUACGCUUGAAGCAACAUGUUUCCAGACUCAAGCCAUUCUGGCUGCGAUGGAGAAAGACUCUGGCCACAAACUGGCGGAGCUCGCCGUUGACGGGGGCAUGAGUAACUCGGAUCUUUGCAUGCAGACGCAAUCGGAUUUGAUUCAGAUUCCAGUGAUACGCCCGAAGAUGCGCGAGACGACGGCGCUAGGCGCUGCUAUUGCGGCAGGUCUUGCUGUUGGUGUUUGGGAGAGUAUUGAUGAGUUGAAAGAGAUCAACCUUGAGGGUCGGACAGUUUUCAAGCCGCAAAUGGAAGAGGCUAAGAGCAAAGAGAUGUUUGGAAGAUGGGAAAAGGCUGUGCAGAUGUCGAAAGGAUGGUCGUCGUGAAGAGGAAGCGCAAUUGCAGUAUCGAAGCCAGCGUACAAGAGUUCCUGGUCCCUCACCUCUUCGCAACAGAUGAUAUCAGGUUGCGCACCCAAAUCAAGAUCAUCGACUGGUCAGAGACCACAUAUCAGGUCGGCCAUUCUGCGAGGCUUGUUUCCGAAAGCUACGCAAAUCAAGUUGAUGAUUUGUUCAACACUGGACAGCAUGAAGCUACCCAAAUGCUGGCCCAUUGCAGGGCGACUCGAGUUGACUGCCAAUCGGACAGACCUAUUGUCUUACUGUUCUGCAUAUUGGUUCACCGUGACUCUCACCAGCAAAGCCAUCGUACGGUCAUAGGGCGGAUUGCUGUCGGUGUUGCUUCUCCGUCCAAGACAUUUGAUGCGGUGAAAGUCUCUGUGACGUCCAACCACAAGCGAUGUCGGACUUCUUUCAGCUGCAAGAAUCUGCCAAGACCGGCAUUAUCAG